AGUCCCAGUCCAGCGAAAACCCCACCUGCGAUCGUCGGGAUGAGGCCGGCCGUCUUCCUCCUCGUCGCGGUGGUGGUGAGCCUCCUCGCCAGCCACGCCGCGGCCGACUUCUCGGCGCUGGCGCCGUGCGACGUGAUGCAGCUGAACCCGUGCGCGAGCGCGUUCGCGGGGAAGGGUUCCCCGACGCCCGCCUGCUGCGCCAGGCUCAAGUCCCACGGGCCCAACUGCCUGUGCCGGUUCAAGGACGACGCCAACCUGAAGCGCCUCGUCGACACCAGGCACAAGCGGAGGGUGUUCACCGCCUGCAAGGUGCCCGUGCCCAGCUGCUAGUAGCUCUCUAGCUCUCCGUCCGCGGCGCGCGCGGGUCGCGAGCCCCUGAUCGCAGUAGCUGCUGAAGCGUAGGUGCCGGGUGGUCAGAGUCGGCUAGCACAAAGGCUCUGAAAUAAAAUGAAGACGAACUUCGGCACACGAAUGAAGAAACGGUUAAGUUAGGAUGGUUUGAGGUUUAUGUCGAAUAAAGUUGGUCUUGCCAUAUCUGUUUACUUGUUUGUUCCGAUUGCUUAA